AUGUCCUCAUCCUCAACUUCCAUCAAUCCCGCCUCCAAUGUACAAUCUCCUCAAACAACAACAAACAUGAACAAUUUGGAUUCGAAUAAUAGUAACAACAAUACCAGUAUGUUAGGAAUGCUUUCUUCCUCAUCAGACCAAACCAUGGGAGGAUCAACUUCAUUCAAUAAUCCACAAAUUUUAAUGGGAAAUUCAGGGAAUGGACCUCCACUUGGUCAUCAAAUUCUCCAACUCCUCAAUGCUGAUCCGAAUAUUCUGAAUAAUCCCUUUGUGAGAAAGCUAAUGAGUUCUGGAGGCGGAAUGAAUGCAAUGAUACAACCAACAAGCAACAACAUGAUGAAUCCUCAACAAGGCAACAUGGCGAGUGGAGGCGGUACAUUAUCACAGCAACCACAAAAUAAUAUGACAAUGGCAAAUGGUGAUGGAAUGAACAAUAAUUCACAACAAUCAGGAGGAAAUAUGCAAGAAGACGUUCUUUCAAGUCACUUGUCACAAAUGUUUAAUCCUUCGUCAACAGGUACAAAUCUACAAAUGAUGAUGGGAGGAAUGAUGUCGAAUAGAAAUACAUUACCUGGCACACCAGGUUCACAAAUGUCUCUUACAACAACUCCUGGAACACCUGGAAGUAGUAAUAUGCCAACAAGCGCUUCAGGAUGGACUCAAAAAGAGGUGGACUACUUGAGAAUGCUUAUUGCAAACAAUCAGGACUCUGUGGAAGGUCUUCGUCAAAUUUUUCCAAAGAGAUCGCCACAAGACAUCCAAAACAAGAUUCAACAACUCAUAGCAAGACUGGCCAGCGAAAGUGAACUCCGGGCUUCAGGGACACGAUUUAUGUCCCUCGAAAAAAAAAAAGUUUCUGUAGAGAACCGCUUACGCUGCAAGAAAAUCUUGAAUUGA